CUUCCGCUCCUCAGCGGCUGAGCGAAUGACUUCUCCCUUGGUGGGGCUGGAGCUGGGCUUACGGCGACCCGGGAGAGUCCACGAUCGCGCCGCCCCAGCCAGCGAGUCAGUCACUCCAGCGCCUGGAACCAUGGCCACCGAUUCGUGGGCCCUGGCAGUGGACGAACAGGAGGCGGCGGCGGAGUCGUUGAGCAGCUUGCAUCUUAAGGAAGAGAAAAUCAAACCAGAUGCCAAUGGUGCUGUUGUCAAGACCAAUGCUAAUGCAGAGAAGGCAGAUGAAGAAGAGAAAGAGGACAGAGCUGCUCAGUCCUUACUCAACAAGCUGAUCCGAAGCAACCUGGUGGAUAACACAAACCAGGUGGAAGUCCUGCAGCGGGACCCGAACUCGCCGCUCUACUCCGUGAAGUCCUUUGAGGAGCUUCGGCUGAAACCACAGCUUCUCCAGGGAGUCUAUGCCAUGGGCUUCAACCGUCCAUCCAAGAUACAAGAGAACGCACUGCCUUUGAUGCUUGCUGAGCCCCCACAGAACUUAAUUGCCCAGUCUCAGUCUGGUACUGGUAAAACAGCUGCCUUUGUGUUGGCCAUGCUCAGCCAAGUAGAACCUGCAAACAGAUACCCCCAGUGUCUGUGCCUCUCCCCAACUUACGAGCUCGCCCUCCAAACAGGAAAAGUGAUUGAGCAGAUGGGCAAAUUUUACCCUGAACUGAAGCUAGCUUAUGCUGUUCGAGGCAAUAAAUUGGAACGAGGUCAGAAGAUCAGUGAGCACAUUGUCAUUGGCACCCCUGGGACUGUUCUGGACUGGUGCGCCAAGCUCAAGUUCAUUGACCCCAAGAAGAUCAAGGUGUUUGUUCUGGAUGAGGCUGACGUGAUGAUAGCUACUCAGGGCCACCAAGAUCAGAGCAUCCGCAUCCAGAGGAUGCUGCCCAGGAACUGCCAGAUGCUGCUUUUCUCUGCCACCUUCGAAGACUCUGUCUGGAAGUUUGCCCAGAAAGUGGUCCCAGACCCAAACAUUAUCAAGUUGAAGCGCGAGGAGGAGACACUGGACACCAUCAAGCAGUAUUACGUGCUGUGCAAUAACAGAGAUGAGAAGUUCCAGGCCUUGUGUAACCUGUAUGGGGCCAUCACCAUCGCUCAGGCCAUGAUCUUCUGCCAUACCCGCAAGACAGCGAGCUGGCUGGCAGCAGAGCUCUCCAAAGAAGGCCACCAGGUGGCGCUGCUGAGUGGCGAAAUGAUGGUGGAGCAGAGGGCUGCGGUGAUCGAGCGCUUCCGAGAGGGCAAAGAGAAGGUGCUGGUGACCACCAACGUGUGUGCCCGCGGUAUUGAUGUCGAACAGGUUUCUGUCGUCAUCAACUUUGACCUCCCCGUGGACAAGGACGGGAACCCGGACAACGAGACCUACCUGCACCGGAUCGGGCGCACGGGCCGCUUUGGCAAGAGGGGCCUGGCAGUGAACAUGGUUGACAGCAAGCACAGCAUGAACAUCCUCAACAGAAUCCAGGAGCAUUUUAAUAAGAAAAUAGAAAGACUGGACACGGAUGAUUUGGACGAGAUUGAGAAAAUAGCCAACUGAGACGCUCCACCAGUCACCAGUGCCCACCCCUGGCACUCCGCCUGCAUGGGAGACCAGUGCUUUCACGGCACAGGCCUCGACAGUCACCACAAAGACAAAAGCAGAGGAGAAGAAACUACCUACCUCAUUUUAAAUUACGUUUGGACUCGACAAAAAUUGUGCAAAUGAUGGGGGAAGGUAGAAAAAAUUGUUUACACAACUUCUGAAGAUUAGGCGAGAAUACAGAGAAAUUUACUUUUUGGAAAUUCCGUCUUCUUUUCCCCCAUCUAAAUGCUGUGGCUAAUCACUGCUCAAGAUCCUUGUGGCAGGCCCUGCCUAUUCUCUGGCCAGAAGUGUUCAGAACAUCCUCAAGCAGAACUGAGGUGAAGAGGGACACAGAGAUCCCAAGUAGGACAGAUACAUCAGCCAGCCGUCAUGUUUGUUGUCUGGCAUGAGGCCUGUGAGCUGGUGCUCUGGAUGUGGGGUGGUAGAGCUCAUCUGAAUGUUGUCAUCUCCCUCUGUCCUGCUGCCCACACCAGGAAGGGAUGUGCUUAGCAUGGUCCAAAGUGCCACCCUGAGACUUCGGUGUAUGCAGAUUUGUGUUGCAGGACCACAACCUCCUGGUUCUCAUCAGCAGGCGCAAUGGUGCACAUGAUUCCUGGUAGGUCCCUUGCGUGUGCUUGAGCAAGGCCUGUGCACAAGUCAUCGUGGAGAGUUAGCGGUGGCCUGAGCUUACUGCACAUCCUGGGCUCACAGGCAUUUGCAGCAUAUUUUUUAUAAUCUCUUGUCACCUUGACCCCUUAGGAGUCCCAAGCAAAUAAAAGGUGAUCUAAGGUUUGGAUCUUCAGUGAAAAUUAGGGCUUCCAAUCACUCGUGGCCAGCUUCAAGGCAGCUCCAGAAGUGGUUAGCAGUAGUCACAAAUACUUUGUCUCCAGAUCCCAGAAGGCAAGAUUUUUCAGAGCUAGGAUAUUAUUUCAGUUAUUUGCUGUCCUGGUUGUGAAGUGAUUCCAAACGUUGUGUUCACAGUUCUUGGAAUACAAAGAGUGCAAUAAGGGACCAGAAGGACUGUGGUCAUUCACCUGUGCAAGGCCGAAGUAACUGCCAAGGAACUGGCUCCCUCCUUACUGGGCAUCUUUGUGCAGAACAGUCCAAGCAAAUACUAGUGAUGGACGCUUUUCAGACCUGGCCUAAGCUGAUAGUACCCACAGAAUGACACAGCAAGGAUGAGAUGAAACGGAGACCCCAGUCACAAGGAGUCCUCUCCAAUUCUUUGAUCUUGAUACAGAAUGGCUACUUUGGCUAGGCCCAGGCUUGGAAGAGGGAUUUUCUAUGAUGAGAACUGCUCCAUUCCCAGAUUAUCCUUGUAAGUGUUUCCAUGUUUUAUGGCCAGACCUGUUUCCUGGAAGGGAAGGUGCUAAUACCAGCCUCCAGGUGGUUUUCUUAACUGGACAUUACAGAUGCUGCAGACAGACUGCCAAUCCGCCACCCCAGUGGGCAUUUGACUGUUUGAGUGUUCUCUGCUUCUGGACAACUGUGACCCACAUUGGGAAUCUCUUGAGAAGAAGUUUUUGUCUCCCACCCCCUGCAGUGCUGUGGACCAACCCUACAAUAACUAAAUCAAAGGCAAUAAUUAAAGGAGUACUGACUCCUCACAAAGCUGCAGGGUGACCUCCAUUUCCCCCCUUCUCACAAUAUUUGUAACCUGCCUACUGCAUAGCCCUAAUCUAAGGAGGAAAAGGGGAAGGGAUAGGCCUCAGACUUCUCAAUACUAGGAGUAAGUAGGUAUCUGGUAGAAGUCUAGAUCAACAGGUUUCUAUCUGGGGGCUUGGACUCUAAGAAUUCACUAGAUGGGUUUCAUGGAGUCUAUGAAGUAUGUGCCAUAUCUUGAAUUUGGAUGCAUUUUCCUGGGGUGAGACUCCCAAAGGAGUGUCUUUUAAAAAGGUAAGACUCACUGUUAUGCUGGCUAUGCAGUGUCACCGCAGUCCAUAUUUCUUCACGAUCCAUAUUCAUCCUUGCCAGAGCUUGGCUCCCAGGGUUCAGUGGUCCACAGCUGCCUCUGACUAUGUGCUGUUUUGAGAUACCACUGAUGUACUGAAAAUGUACUUGGUAAGCUUCAGUCCCCAGAGUUUCUCUUAUUCUUUUUAGUAAGUUCUCAUGUAUUGAAUGAUAAACUGUCCUAGAACAGAGAAACUCACCUGGAAAAAAAGAUUUUUGGUCCAAUGGAAGAUUCUGGAUAUGUUCAUCCAUAAACAAUGGAUUUUUUAUUGGGAUUUUCUGGAGUGUCAUUGAAUGGCUGUGUGCAUAAGAACUAGUCAAUUGCUGAUGUAUUUCUUAUUGAUGUUAAAUGAAUUAUGAAGUAUGCAUGUUACUAGGAUACCAUUAAUGAGUAUAAAAAGUAUGUUUUGGGUUGCUGGAAUUAGUGAUCAUGCUUAAGUCGAGACAUUUAAGAUUCCAUAGGUUAGUCAUUACCUGAUCCUACUACUACAUGUCAAAAUUACCAUUGCUCCAGCAUGAACAGUUCCAAUGUCUCUAUAGGCCAAGGACCCCUCUCGGUUGCCAGAGUGCUCCUCACAUUCCUUUUUUCCUGCUGGUAAACCCAGAGAACACUGGCUACCUAAUCAGAAAGAAGGUAGAUGGCAGUAAAGACAAAGUCCUUACAUUCUAUUUUUCUAGUCCUAGGAAAGAAGUACAAAUAGGCCUUGGAAGCAGGUCUUCUCCCCUUGUUUCAUCUUGUUUAUUAUUUAACAUAAAGGCAGUUUCAUUCAGUGUCAAUGGUAUUCAGAAAUUAAGGAUUUCUGAGGCUAGGGAUUUCAUAAAGGAGUGGAGUUUGCUUCUGAGAGAAAAGUGACAAGGAGAGUGCUGUAGGCAACGGAAAGUAAUAUUAAAACUAAAAUAGCUUCCCCAGGAUAAACCUAGCAUACUGGAAGGGCAGUGGGAGAGCAGCUUCGCCAUGUGGACAGAGAAAAGUCUUGUUAGGUACAAAACGAAAACUUGAUUGAACAGUGUUUGGAUUUAUUAGUGAACAGUCAAAGAUUGUUAAAUCACAUAAAGGGAGUGAUUAAAUUAG